CAACACUGCAGCUGGCGCACGCUUUAAGAGAUUGUUUUGUUUCUGAAUUCCUGCGAAUCAUGCGGUAUGCACAGAUAAUUGUGGGUCCGGCAGGUAGCGGCAAGUCCACGUACUGCAGCUUAAUGCAGCAAUUCGCCAUGGACUCCAAGCGAAACAUCCAAGUGGUGAAUCUCGAUCCGGCGGCGGAGCACUUUAACUACACUCCACUGACGGACAUUCGUGAGCUGAUUCACUUGGACGAUGCAAUGGAGGACGAGGAGCUGCACUACGGUCCGAAUGGGGGCCUCAUAUUCUGCCUGGAGUUUUUGAUUGAGAACCAGGAUUGGCUGAAGGAUCAGCUCUGCGGCGGCGAGGACGAACUGAUGGUGGGCGAGCCGGAUGACGAUUACAUCCUGUUCGACAUGCCCGGCCAGAUCGAACUGUUCACCCACCUUAAAAUGGGCAAGCAGCUGGUCCAGCUGCUCGAGUCUUGGAACUUCCGCACCUGCGUGGUCUUCUGUUUGGACUCGCAGUUUAUGGUGGAUGGGGCCAAGUUCAUAUCCGGCACUAUGGCCGCACUUAGUGUAAUGGCCAACAUGGAGCAGCCGCACGUAAAUGUGCUGACCAAAGUGGAUCUGUUGAGUAGCGAGGCGCGAAAGCAACUAGAGAUGUACCUCGAGCCGGAUGCCCACAGUCUGAUGGGAGAGCUAACCAUUGGCACGGCCUUUGGUGAGAGGUACGGCAAGCUUACGGAAGCUAUUGGAUCGCUAAUCGAGGAUUUCAGCUUGGUGCGAUUUUUCCCGUUAGAUUCGCAGGACGAAGAGAGUGUAGGCGAUCUUCUUUUGCAAAUUGACAACAUUUUACAAUAUGGCGAAGAUGCAGACGUUAACGUAAAGGACUUUGAUGAGCCGGAGGAAGGCGAUCGCGAUAUAUGAAAUCCAUAAAUAUUACCGUUUAAGCUGUUUUUAUAAUAUCUUAUGUUUAAUAAAAUAAAAAUUAUAAUUAAUUUAA